ACGAUGCUUCGGAGAAGAAACCGGAAAAAAAUAGAGAACCAACGGGUUAUCCCCGAGAAUUCCCAAACUGAGCGGGAUGUCCGGAGGUGCUUACAGACCUCCUAAUUCAUUCCAUUGCCAUAAAUAGGGAGUGGUUUAGUUCUCGAUGAGGGUGCUUUUCUUAUUUAUCAUAGCCAGAAUUAUUUGAUUCUCUUCUGCAACAAUGCCGGUCCUCCCAAAAACAUACAAAGCCUGGGUGAUCCCAUCGGUAGGCGCACCACUUGAGCUCCGAGAGAUUGAGCUGAAGUUACCUGCUGCGGGAGAAAUACUGGUACAGGUUCGCGCAUGUGGUGUUUGUUACACGGACGUGGCGGUCCAGAAGGGUGAACUUGGCGACAACCUCUUUCCCCGCGUUCCGGGUCAUGAGAUUAUUGGCGAUGUUGUUGCCAUUGGCGAGGGAGUCCAGGGGUUUUCUCUCGGUCAACGAAUUGGUGGAGCUUGGCUUGGAGGCCACGAUAACGUCUGUCGGGCAUGCCGCCGCGGGCUCUCCCAAGCAUGCAGCAAUGCUGUAUACAACGGAGCCGGUCGCGAUGGUGGCUACGCCGAGUUCUUCUUGCUUCGCUCCGAAGCGGCGGUUCCCAUCCCCAAAGACAUGGACCCUGCUGAGGCCGCGCCGUUGCUUUGCGCCGGGCUAACCGUCUUCAACGCCAUUCGGAAGAUGCACAUCGAACAAGGGAGCCUGGUAGCUAUUCAGGGGAUCGGUGGUCUGGGGCAUAUGGCGAUUCAGUACGCUCGGAAGAUGGGUUACAAGGUUGCUGUUCUCAGUUCCAGCGCCGCCAAGAGGGAUUUGGCGCUGGAGCUCGGCGCCCACGAGUACAUUGACACUGAGUCGGAGGAUGCGGUCAAGGUGCUCCAAGGGCUGGGUGGUGCAGCGCUCGUUCUCGCUACGACUUCCCAUGGCAAGGCCGUUACUCCUCUGACGGCAGCCCUGCAACCAGGCGGGAAGAUGCUCCUCUUAUCCCCGUCUGGUGCCAUGGAGUUCAAUACGAACGAUCUAAUCAUGGGCAAUUCUGCAAUUCAUGGCUGGAUCACGGGGAACGCUUUGGAUGCUGAGGAUACCAUCGACUUCGCCAAGGCAUUUGGCGUCAGGUGCAUGAUCGAGCGGUUCGCGUUUCUGGAUGCUCCGAAAGCAGUGGACUACAUGACAUCAGGCUCGGUUCGAUUCCGUGGUGUUUUGGUGUUCGAUUAGAUAGGAGUUUGUUCGACUUGUGC